CCGCUUCCGCCCGCGGCGCCCGUUUCCAAGAUGGCUGAUGCGGCCUCAGUCGCACGGAGGGGCGGUGCAAGAAGGGGCGGCCAAAGACCGCAGACGGGAUGUUACGGACAGCUCUGAGCCGUGUGCCCACACUACUGCGUAUUGUGCGGACCCGGAAUCCCGGCCCGGGGCGGCUCUGGGAUUCGGGGGCUCGUCUGAGGACCGCGGAGAGACAGCGGGGCUGGGCCUGGGGCUGGCGGAGCUCAAGCUCCGCUGCGGGAUCCGGGCCUGGGGCGGCGCUGGGGCGCGUGGAGGCGGACCACUACCAGCUCGUCUACACCUGCAAGGUCUGUGGGACUCGGUCAUCCAAGCGCAUCUCAAAGUUGGCCUAUCACCAAGGUGUGGUCAUCGUUACCUGCCCUGGCUGCCAGAACCACCACAUCAUUGCCGACAACCUAGCCUGGUUUUCUGACCUGGAGGGCAAGAGGAACAUUGAAGAGAUCCUAGCAGCCAGAGGAGAGGAGGUACGCCGAGUGUCCGGUGAGGGUGCCCUGGAACUAAUUCUGGAGGCUGCUGAACCGCCUGCCGCCCCAGAAGGGGGUGAGGAUCCCAGCCUCCCUGGCAAGACUGAACAGAGCUGACUUGUACACUCCUACCGUUGUGGGCUUGUGCCCCCCAAAAGUUGCUCCAUUCACCUAGAACCUCUCAAGCCUGGGCUGUUCCUUGUCAGUAAACAGGCGUCACCUCCA